AUGGAAAGCUCAACAAUUAACCAAACAAAAAUUUUAUUAAAUAUUUCUGAAAAUUAUAGUAAGGAUAAAAAUCUAUCAUUAAUUAUGGAAGAACAAAAUAAUUGUCAUUAUGAGGGGACAGAAUAUAUUGAAGUUAAAUUUAUUUUGAUUGGUGUUUUUGCUAGUGGAUUAGCUUUAAUAUCUUUUUUGCUUAAUGCCUUCCUUGUUUUAGUUUUUGCUUUAAAUCCAAAACUUGGCCGCUCUCCACUUUUUUAUUUUGGUGUUCUGGCAAUUUUAGAUUUGGCUUUGGCAUGGCUUUAUAUUGCAUUAAUGGCAGUGCCCGCUUAUAUGGACAAAUUUAAAUUGCUUUGGCUUUACCAUUUAUUUGUUUCAUAUUUACGUCCAAUGUUAACACUUUCAAAUUUUGCUGUUUUUGCUUCUGUUUUGAUGAUUUUAUUGGCUACAACAGAAAGAUUAUUGCUUACAUUUGAAGGAAAACAAAUAAAAAAAGCUAGAAAGAUUUUGGAAAGAAAUAGAAGACAAGUUACCCUGUUUGUAAUUUCUAUAGCUUUUGCAUAUAAAUUAUGUACAUAUUUUGAAAUUGAAUUAAUUGAAAAUAAGGAUUGUGAAGGAUUUGAACAAUUUGAAGUAAUUUCUGCUGUUCAUGCUUAUAAUCCUAAUCCUUUAUUUAGGCUGUUUGGUUUUGCUAAUUAUAGAUUUUGGAUGAUGUUUGUUAUUCGAAAUUUGGUUGAUCACAUAUUGCCAUUCUUUAUAUUAGUUAUUUUAAAUUUCCACAUUGUUCGCGCAUUAAGAAGAGAAAGUAAAAGAGUUAUUAAUCAAAAUAAUUUCAACAAAAAUUGCUCACAACAUUCUAAUAAUUUUUGUUCUUCUUGUUUAUUAUGUAACAAUAAUAUUCAACAAAAUUCAUUAAUAUUAAAUGGAUAUGAAAAGGCUAAUAAUAAUACUAGCUUUAGAUCAAUCAGAGAAAGUUUGAAAAAUAAGAGUUGGCUAAGAAAUAAAAAUAAAAAAAUAAUUGUAAGUUUAAUUAAUUUAAUUUUGUGUAUUUUUUUGAUAAGAUUUUGA